AUGCCUUGGCUCGACCGUCACUGCCACCAGCGCCACUUCCUUGGUCGUCAGAUGCCGCUGCCGCAGUACCAUGGUAACAACACGAACCCAACAGCAUUUUGGAGAAGGGGCAUUGGCCCACGUCCGCUACGGCCCACGUCAACCAUCACGAAAGAUUCGUCGCGCCGUACGUACACGCGUGGCAACGGAAGCCAGCUGGCGUCCCUGGUUCCAGAACAUUCUCCUCGGGUCUGGAACGGCGCCUACGAAGACCAGUUUCCAGCGACAUCGCCUCGCCAGGGCUAG